UCUGCACAUAUACUGUGUGCUAAAUUAAAGAAUUAAGAAAAAGAGUUUUGGAUAGAAACAUAAAUUUACAUGUUUCCUUUUUGUUCAUUUUAAAGAUUAUUUAUUCAUUCACUUAAACAUUUAUGCAUUAAGUAUCUGACAUAUUUCUUCUUUGUCAUUUCUACCUAUGGUAGCUUGAAUAAUAAAACAAGUUUAAAUAGUGGAUCAAUCAAUUGUAGAAAUUUUUCCGGUGAAAUUCACAAUAUUUAAACAAGCCAACUCAAAUUAUCUUUUGUAUUAUCAGUUCCCUACUUAGCAAACAAACAAAAUAAUCAUGUCCAUAAGAACACCUUAUGAACGUUUACGUACAUUUCGCUCACAGAUAUUAAAAUAUAUUCCAGAAAUUCAAUUACAACCACCACAUACAAUUAAAAAUUACGGAAAUUGUCCAUAUUUUUGUAAAUUUCAUCUUGGCACAAAAGACUUAGUUGAAAAGUUCAACGGUGAUAUAUUACCAUCGUCUAAUAAUACUUAUAGACUGUCAAAUGUACCGAGAGAAUCGAUUGGCACACAUUCAGAUGAGAUGAAAUUACAAGAUUUUCAGUGGUUAAUGAAUAAAAAGUUAACAUGUGUUUUAUUAUGGCUAGGUGUAAUCAUUUUAAUUGUUGGAGUAAUUGCAUUACAGAUUGCUAGUUUUUUCUUGCAUAAACGACAGUGCGCUUCUGAAAAUUGUAUAACCUUUCGUUGUACAAGUUAUAAUAGGCCCAAUCAGAGAUAUCGUGGUUGCUGACAAUAUGCAGGGAAAAGAAUGUGCAUUAUUUAGAUGUCGAUUUACUGGACUGCUAACUUCUAACUGGUGAUCACUCAAUAUUUGUCGUCAGAAUCAACCAAAAAGUAAGAAACGGAAACUUGUUGAAAUACUUUAUGCUGAGAAUUACAUGUUGCACCAAAAAUACAAUGAAUAAAGCCAAUAAUAAAAAUAAUAAAUGCAUAAUUUCCACAACUCCAUUAGUUGUCCUUUACAUGCUUCACGAUUUUUUUCAAUUCUGUUGUCAUUACAACUACCCCCUGUUUACACCCCUGUUCUCUUCAAUUCGAUCUUCUUAAUUUUCUACUGCUAGGUAUUCCACUUCGGAUUAGUGUUACCUACUACUUAUAUCUGUCAACAUUAGUAGCAUACACCAUAUAUAUAUGAUCUUGAUAAUAUACGAUUUUAGAGAUAAUCGAUUUCCACGAUACAACAUUAUAUAUACUCUUUUGCUAGAUUGAGAUUAUCCACAAUGGUUUCAAUGUUCAAAUAAUGUUACAUUCAGCAUUUUCUGUCGUGUUUCCAUUCAGUUAGUGGGAAGAAUAAUUUUCACUAGAAAUCACAUAAUUUUCUCCAUUAUUUUCAAUAAUUUACGAUAUCUUAUGUAAUUAGAAUAUUGAUCAUUUCUGAACUUAAACAUAGAUUCCCACAUUCUAGCCCAUAGAAACCUUCGUCUUUUAAACCCUGAACAGAAAGAGAAAACGAGACCUUCAGAAUAGCUUUAUACUAUGAAGAAAGUUAAGAACUGAAAUGGAAUAACUCUGUUCAUAUAAUAACAUCCAUAAAAUAAGCAAACUAGAAAUUAAAACAGCCAAUUAGAUAACCGAAUGGUCAUUGAGGAAAUAUGAGUUAGAAAAAUGUUAUCCAUGUUAUCUUUUGUAGAAAGAAACUAACAUUUAUCAUCAAGAAACUAAGCAACGCACGAGUACAAGUAUAUAACAUUUAACAUCUAAGACUUUCAGAUCUAGAGCCAAAUAUGAAAUCUUGGGAUAAUCAUUAAUAUUUUCCUGUGUAUAAACCUCAUGAACAGAUGUAAAGAUUUUAUUCCUACUGUCUACUAAUUUUUUUCUAUUGUCAAGUUAACUGUUUUCAUCAAAUACACCUGUCACUCAGUAAGACAACGUACAGCUGAGAAAUAAAUAAUCGUACUAAUUAGUGAUUUGUGUUGUAUCUGUAGAAAUCUGUUUAAUACACUAAUUCACUCGAAUAUAUCAAUGCACAUCUAAACAUGUAAAUCAUUUGCUUAUUAUAAUGUACAUCUGCCAUUUUAAAAAAUCUGUGUUGUUAUUUGUGUAGAUUUCAAUAGUAAUCACAACGAUACACCAAAAAAGGUAUUCUACAUAUAAACAAAUUGAUAUACAAGGUCAAAAACAAAAUGUAGUAAUAAAUAGUAACAUUAUAUACUUGUUAAACUAUAUACUACACUGGUUAAUUUUUACGUGUAGUAAACAAACGAUUAUAUAUAGCCCUGAAAUGAUUCUACGAAUAGAACUCGAU